GCUCAGUGUUGCAUCAGACACAGGGGAGGACGGACGUGCGCCGCUCCGUCUGCCCGCCACCACCAUCACCACCACCACCACUCCCCACGCGGUCAAGAACUUAAACAAGGUCACAGGGAAAAGAAACGCUGUGAAUGGGUCUCCUCGGACCAAUCACAGACUAAUAUUGACCUCGCAGUGACCAAUAAGAGAAGUGAGGCGAGGUCAUCAACAGGUGGUCACGGAGAAAGGUGACUGACCUCACCUGUGUGACCUCACUUGACCUGAUGUGAUGUGAAGAGACGAGAGAUGGAAAAGGAGAAAUAAAGACAAGGAGAGAGGAAGAAAGAGAGAGAAAGAGACAGAGAGAAGGAAUUUUAAACAGGAUCUAAUUGUCUUUCUACAAACCAGAGAAGCGGGAAGGAGAAAAUGGAGAGGAGGAGAUUCUGAUAACGCGGGAAGAUGAAGAACUAAGAGAGAGAGAGAGAGAGAGAGAGAGAGAGAGAGAGAGAGAGAGAGAGAGAGAGAGAGAGAGAGAGAGAGAGAGAGAGAGAGAGAGAGAGAGAGAACAGGUGAACAGAGAACAGAAAAAGAGAUGAGAUUGUGAACUGGGAGAACAAAAAGGAAGAACAGAAAACAAGAUUGUGAAGAAGUGAAGGAGAGAAAAAAAAGUGAAAUUGUGAAGAAGGGAAGGGAAGAACGGAAGAGAACAAGGGAAUAUAAAGAACACUAUUAAUUUUUAAGAGGCAGGAAUUUUAAAAGGAUCAGUAAUUUAAAAGGAUCUGGAAAUUUUAAAGGAUGAAGUUUAAAAGGAGAUCAAAUUUAAAGGGUAAAGUUUAAAAGGACAGGUAUUUUAAAGGAUCAGAAAUUUUAAAGUACAAACAUUUUUAAAAGGACUAAAUUUUUUAAGUAUCAAUUUUUUUUUUUUUUUUUUCAAUGGCCGGAUGUUUAAUAGGAACAAUAAACUAACAGGAAAUUUUUAAAGGCAUUUUUUUUAUUUAAGCAAACAUUUUAAAGGACAAAAUUUAAAAGGGCUCAUUUGUAAAGACGCCAUUUUUUAUGUAAUUUUUUUUAUAAGCAUACGAACAAGAACUAAAUAAAAGAUAAAAAAAAAGAAAAGAAAAACAAUAUAUAAGAUAAAAAAAAAAAAGUCACAAUAUUUAUUUGAAGAUAGAAAGGAAAAAAAAAUUACAUGAACGAAAUUGUGGUUUAUAUGAAAAGCACAAUAGAUUUUUAUUAAUUUAUUUUCAACAGAGCAAUGAAAUGUUUUGAGAAAAGUGAAGGAAAGAGGAAAAGUGAAUAUUGAAAAUAAAACUGGAGGAAAAAAAGUUGAAAAAAUAAUAAAAAGAAAUGAUAACUGAACACUACAGAUAAACAAAAGGAAUAAUGAUAAAAUAAAAGCUUAAAUAACACAGAAAAGGAACCAAGAAAUUGAAGACAAGAACGAUACAACAAACUUGAAAAAAAAACAGAAAAAUAUAGAAAAAAACACGAUAAUAGAAAAGAAAGAAAAAGAGAAAACAGAGAAAUAUAAAAAAAGAAAAGGAAAAAACUGGACAAACUUUGAUAAAAAAAAGAAAAGAAAAAAUCUUGAAAAUUUAUCAAAAAUAAUGAAACUAAACACAAGACAACUUAGAACAUAAAAGAAAAUAAAAAAAAAAUGAAACAUUAAACAACAUGAAAUACGUAAACAAACAGAUACAUGAUGAACAAUGAAUGAAAAAAAUAAAUACUUUAGAAAUAAUUAAUAAUGAAACUCUGAACUCGUGUGAAAAUCUAAUCUCUUUUCAAACUCCAUGACAGUAACACGAGCUGAAGAAAACGAGAACCACGAGAGGAAGACAACAGUGACACAGUAAACAAGGAGUCGAGGAAAGGACAUUGCGUCGCCAUGAAAUUCUCCCUCUUAUUCAUCUCCCUCCCUCUCUUCCUAGGUGAGGUGUGGGGCGUGUCCAUCGUUCGCCUCACAGUUCCCGAGGUGGUACGGGCUAAUUCGACAGAGGUGGUGCUUGACUGCGAUUACCAAGUGGACGAGUGGGAGCGACCUGGCCUGGUGGUGAAGUGGUACGUCGACAAGAUCCACCUGGUCUAUCAGUGGAUACCACCCCGCCACCCUCAGGCCCUGGGAGUGCUGGCCGGGAGGGUGGACACGACCUACCGCGCUUCUCACGACCCCCUCGCCGCCCACCGCGCCCUCCGCAUUCCACGCCCACACCCCGCCCUCUCCGGCCAGUACUCUUGCACCGUCAGUACUUUUGAAGACGAGGACACCCGCACCGCCCCGCUUCUGGUGUGGACGCCUCCCACGUACACGGAUCUCAAGUACUGGCGCCCUUCGGAACACCUGGUUAAUGUCACCUGUGCAGCGUCUGGAGCGGCACCCAGGCCUGAAUUCACCUUGUAUACGCGCGAUUCCAACGGUACCAGGCAGGACGUGGGCGUGAGGGGAACCAGUGGGCGGCAGGAGGACGGAGUGUGGUGGGCGGGGGCGUGGGGCCUCAUAGUGUGGGCGGACACUGAGCCUGGGUCUGUGGUGGGGUGUACAGUGACCCUGCCAGGAACACCCCACGAGGAGACACGGAAGAAGAUAUACCAUGCAGAUUUACCGAUCAUCACCACCACCACCACCACUACCACCACCACCACUACCACCACCACCACCACCACCACAGACAGUCACCCACGGCCCAGGUCCAACACGUCACAAGAAGGAAGCGACACCACCACCACCACCUUCUUUGAUUUUCCAAGCUUGUUCGGCUCAACCAGCACAGGGGGGGCGCCGCGCCUCGCCACCUGCUGGGCCUGUCCUGCACUGUUAUUCGUGGCGAUACAAGUGUGGAGCACAUCAAUGGUGACACUGUGAAGCCAGAGAGCCGCCAUGUUGCAACACCUCAACCCACAUCAAAACGGAAAGAGAGAGAGAGAGAGAGAGAGAGAGAGAGAGAGAGAGAGAGAGAGAGAGAGCGGGCGGGUGGGGGGACACAGGUGUAUAUCCUAACUGUAAGCACGACAAGUGAGAUGUGUGCGUGCGUGUGUGCGUGUGUGUGUGUGUGUGUGUGUGUGUGUGUGUGUGUGUGUAAUAUACCUGUGUUUUAAUGAAGGUUUAUUUCUUAACUCGAGAGCUUAAAUAAACUUCACUAACACCUAAUGCUGUGUGAUGGUAGACUUAAGAGAUACGAAUUUCAUAAGCUAUUCCUCCACCCUUUUUAUAACGCCCCUUGUGGUCACGUGACUAAUUGUAUUCAUCAGAUCAUUCACGCCUCAGUCAGGUAAACUUGUAGGUAUCACUUUCAUUACUCACUAUCAAAUCUUUGGUCACUGUAUAGUUUUCAGUAAUCAAUGGCUUUCUCAUGGUAUCUAUUCAUCUAUCUAUUUAUUUAUUAUCUAUCUAUCUAUCUAGUACUUUAAUCCCCCACUGUCGGAUAAAUACACCUUUACAACUCUUCUUUCCCUGAUGUCACUGCAGAAAAGUUCAUAUUGACCAAAAAAAGCGUUAAUUAGGUAAUGUGGCCAGACUCUUAGUUGUGAAAAGGGCACGUUGAGAAAGGUACAGUGUGGAGCAGGCUUUCCUAUAGUGAGGUGUUGUGGGGUGCAGGGAAAUGUGUUGUGAGGAGGUUUUAUAAUGUCUAGUAUUUUAAUGAUCUAUUUAUUUGUUUUUAUUGUUUUGUUUUUAUUUAUUUAUUUAUUUAGUCUUUUAUGGUCUCUUAAUUCAAAUCUAGGUAAUUGUUUUCUGAUUUUGGUAGAGAGAAGGGAAAUGUAUACAGUUCAUGGCGUAAUAUUAACGUUUUUUUUUUUCUUUCUGUUUUUUUUUUUUUUUUUAAUGUUGGAAGACUGUAUAUGUAAAUAGAAUUCACACCAUGAAUUUUAUAUUACAUACAUUUAUAUAUUUCCCUUUUAAGUAAUGAAAUACUCAAGAAACAAGUUUAUUACUAUUACUACUACCACUACUACUACCAUUACCACCACUACUACUACUAUUACUACUACUAUUACUACUACGACAAUAACAACAACCACUACUACUAUUACUAUUACUACUAUUAUUACUACUACUACUACUACUACUACCACCACCACUACUACCACUACUACUACAACUACUACCACUACAACAAAAACUACUAUUACUAGGUACUACCACAUUCACAGAAAACGGGAGUAGGACCAACAGGGUAAACUAUGGUAAACUAUUUUUCCCGGGGAGGAGGGGAGGGAAGGAGGGGCGGUGGUGGGGCGGACCAAUUCUUUCACCCCAGCACUUGUAUGUGGCCUUGGGAGGGGGGUGGGGGUGACUGGUGGGGUGAUUCUUUAUAUUAGACUCUUAGUAGAUGGGGUGAGACGUGGGGGGGGUGAAAAAUUUUGGCAACAAUCGUGUAUACUUUUAAUAUCCUGUGUGUGUGUGUGUGUGUGUGUGUGUGUGUGUGUGUGUGUGUGUGUGUGUGUCACCAGUUGUCUUAUUUAUAAAGUACUGUUCUUUAGUGUGUGUGUGUGUGUGUGUGUGUGUGUGUGAUAAACAAGUAAACAAAACAAGCAAACAAACUGAAUAUUCCAUUUUUUUAUCAGAAAUCAUGAAAAAGAAAAAAAAUAUUGACAUUAAUCUUUCAUAUCUUUUUUUUCUUCUUCUUACGUUUUCUUUCUUUUUUCACUUUAUUUUCUUACUCCCAACAGCUUUUUCUUUUUUUUCAUUUCUUUACUCAAAAAAAAUAAAAUCACACAAACCAAGAAAGAAAAUAACAUAAUUGUAUUUUCUUUGAAUUUUCACGUUCAUACUGAGAAAUACAAAUUUAAAAAAAAACGAAAAGAAAAAAAAACAGGAAUAUAUUAAAUGUUUCGCUAAAAGACUUGUGUGUGUGUGUGUGUGAGUGUGUGUGUGUGUACUAUAUUUAAUUCGAGGUGGUGGUGAUGGUGGUGGUGAUGGUGGUGAUGAUAGUGAUGGAAACAGUGAUAACGAUGAUGAUGAUGAUGAAGAUGAUGAUGAAGGAUAAACAAUGACCCCACUUAACCACAGUAACUACUUAACCACCACCACCACCACCACCACCGUAACAACCACCACCACCAUUAACUACUAUACACCACAUCAAUGAACAAUUUGUAACAUUAUUUUGUAAACUAUUGUUGUUUUUGACUGAUGAAUGUCAUAAUAUAUUUAUUAUAC